UCAGUAUCAUGGAGUUAUCACAGGCCGCUACGAGCACCCGCUGCCUGUCAUGGUGCACCAAGAACGACUUCCCUUUUUUUCGCCUAAAUCUCCAAAGGAUUGUUUUACGUGCACGUCCUAUCUGACAAACUUCGCCCGAUGGAGGACAUACACGAGGCGCCCUUGGAAGUGUCCUAUGCUCCGUCUCCCGAGGACCCUGGCGAGCGGACGCAGCAGGAAGCGGCGCUCUUUUCGGCGCUGCGGUACGCCGGCAGCGUUUUCCUCGCGGUCCUCAGCUUCCUCCUUCACGUAGCCGACGUGGCCUCCAGCGUCGCCUUCGCAAUACUGAUGCUAGUGUACAGAGACGCCGCUCAAGUUGUGGAGGCGAAGCUGGACUUCACGCUGUGGGCAAGUCUUGUGCUGGGGCUGCACUUGCUGGCGGGCGUCUUCGUCAACGUCGCUGCCCUGGCGGAGAGUUACAGCGUGCGGGAGGUUCCUUGUAGGGUCCGCCCACAGGAGGUUUCGGUCUGCCUCGUUCCCUGGUCACUCUCCUGGUGGGCAAUGUUAAGGCACAUGGGAGUGGCGGCGCGAGGAGAGGUGUCAGUUUCGGUGGUGGAGAGAGCGGCGAACACACGCCUCCUUCAGGCUGUGUUCGAGGCGGCACCGCAGGGCGUCAUCCAGACUUAUUUUCUGAUGAAGAUGUAUGUGUGGUGGGUGCCUCUGCUGAGCGUCUGCAUCUCCGUCGCCAGCGCCACCUUUAGCUACACAUUCUUCGUGAUCUACAAGUACUAUGACAACGUAAGGGAGUUCCCAGUACCAUGGAAAGUCCUGCUUGUGGCACUUAACGCUUUAUUCACCCAUGGUGGCAGAACGUUCGCCACGGCCAUGCUGGCGUUUGCGCUGCAGCCGUGGAUCGCAGCCGUGUGGGUCCUCUUCAUCGCGGCCUUGAAUCUGGUGCGGUGGAAGUUCAAAACGUGGGAGAACGACAGACUUACUCGGAUCAAGAUCAUAUCUCUCCUCGAGACUUUCUUUGUGGGAACCACCAGACAGAAGACCAUAUACACUACCUUCGUGUACGUCGUGUUCACCUUCGUGUUCAUGCAGCGGUUCCAUAUCGAAGCUCUUGCAUGGACGGUGUGGGGCAUCACGUUCGGUGCUCUGGUGCUGGGGCUGGCGCUGACGCUCGCCACUUGGAGCAUCUAUUUCAGGGCUUACGAGGAGCUCAUCUUCCCUGCGGAAUCAGGCCAGAAGCGAAACGCCGAGGAAUAUGAUAUCACCUGAAAGACGGAAGGCAUUUUGAAGGUCUUUGCGUUAAGGAGUGUGCAUGCAUUGGCUUGCUCGGCUGAAAUACAUGCCUAUGCUGAUAUGGUUCAUGUGUAAUUUACAAGAAAUUAAGUAAAUCAGUUAAUUUAUCGUCAGCAUUGAAAUGGCGUUUUUAUUAUAGAUGUUAUUAAAUGGACUUAUUCAUGACUGAGAGCCAGCAAAGAACAAACGAAUAUUGUCACUGUUUAAUCAUGUUUUUUUUCCAGAAUGAUGCUUUCUGAGGGUCAGUUUUACUCAAUGUUAACACGACCUUUCAUAACUUUGAUAAUGACUUUUAAUAACAUCUACAUCAGCUGAUAACAGAAUUAACCGUCAACAUAUUCCACGCUCAUCAUUACCUCGAAUAAUUUCUUGCUUAUAACUUUAUUAAUUCUUAGUUAUAUUCAGUUUUUCCUUUUCGUAUUUAUACUAUUUAAUUAAUUCGUCUCUUUUUGGCCGCCGCCAAAAAGUAAUAACCACAUGACAACAUCCUAUACCUGCAGAAGACAUGUUAACCACACUAUUUUUUUCAUAAAUAAAUACUGUUUUUACAUAUUUAUAUUCGCACAAGUGAUUAUCAUCAUCAAAAUUAUAAAAUAUGAUGAACAUUUUUUAUGAGUAAUAAAAAUACAUGAAAUAAAA